AGUAGCAGCCAUACUAAUAGCAGACAGCCCUGACUCAGACAGACUGGAGGGAGAAAGCAUGGCUGGGGAUAGCGAGCAGGCAUUGCCCAAUCACGCACCCCACAACGGGCAACCCUUCCUGAUCGGGGUCAGCGGUGGAACAGCCAGCGGCAAAUCAUCGGUGUGCUCAAAGAUUGUGCAACUUCUAGGGCAGAAUGAGGUAGACCACCAUCAGAAGCAGGUAGUGAUGCUGAGCCAGGACAGCUUCUACCGAAUACUCACUGCAGAGCAGAAGGCUAAAGCACUCAAGGGCCAAUUUAACUUCGAUCACCCAGAUGCCUUUGACAAUGAACUCAUAUUAAAGACACUCCGUGAAAUCAUGGAGGGAAAAACUGUGCAGAUCCCAGUGUAUGACUUCGUUUCUCACUCCAGGAAAGAAGAGACCGUGACAGUGUAUCCAGCUGAUGUGGUGCUGUUUGAAGGAAUCUUGGCAUUUUACGUGCAGGAAAUCAGGGACAUGUUUCAGAUGAAGCUCUUUGUUGACACAGAUGCAGACACACGACUUUCUCGAAGAGUGCUCCGAGACAUCAACGAUCGAGGACGGGAUCUAGAGCAGAUUCUUACACAGUAUAUCACAUUUGUAAAGCCAGCAUUUGAAGAGUUCUGCUUACCUACCAAGAAAUAUGCUGACGUGAUCAUUCCAAGAGGUGCUGACAAUUUGGUUGCCAUCAACUUGAUUGUGCAGCACAUACAGGAUAUUUUAAAUGGAGGGUUGACAAAAAGGCAGACCAAUGGCUACACGAACGGUUACACCAGCGCUCGGAGUAGACACCCCUCAGAAUCCAGCAGCAGUCGACCUCACUAAGUGCUCUUUAAACUAUGGGAUUUGCAUAGAUUUUUCCACCAAUACAUUGCAUAUUCUGCAUCCCUUUUUCUUUUAUUCUUGGAGAGACCACGCUGGACAAGCUCUCUGCUGCAGGAGGAGGGGACUGAUCCCUUCCAAAAUUUGAAUAGUGCCAAUUUAAGUUUACUGCAAGAGCUGGGAAAUCUUAUAACUGGAACCAAACCUGCAGGACUUUGUGUCUCCCAUGGAGUGGAGCGGUAAAUGCAAAAUCAGUGGACUAAUUUGCCAAUGCGCCUUUUUUUUUUUUUUUUUUUUU